CAGCAGCAUGUCGGUGGCCGGGCUGAAGAAGCAGUUCCACAAAGCCACUCAGAAAGUGAGUGAGAAGGUUGGAGGAGCCGAAGGGACCAAGCUAGAUGAUGACUUCAAAGAGAUGGAACGGAAAGUGGAUGUCACCAGCAGGGCUGUGAUGGAAAUAAUGACUAAAACAAUCGAAUACCUUCAACCCAAUCCAGCUUCCAGAGCUAAGCUUAGCAUGAUCAACACCAUGUCAAAAAUCCGUGGCCAGGAGAAGGGGCCAGGCUACCCUCAGGCCGAAGCCCUGCUGGCAGAGGCCAUGCUCAAGUUCGGCAGGGAGCUGGGCGAUGACUGCAACUUCGGUCCAGCCCUUGGUGAGGUAGGAGAGGCCAUGAGGGAACUCUCGGAGGUGAAGGACUCUUUGGACAUGGAAGUGAAGCAGAACUUUAUUGACCCCCUUCAGAAUCUUCAUGACAAAGAUCUGAGGGAAAUUCAGCAUCAUCUGAAGAAGCUGGAAGGCCGACGCCUGGACUUUGAUUAUAAGAAGAAACGACAAGGCAAGAUUCCUGAUGAAGAACUUCGUCAGGCUCUGGAGAAAUUUGAUGAAUCUAAAGAAAUUGCUGAGUCAAGCAUGUUCAAUCUCUUAGAGAUGGAUAUUGAGCAGGUGAGCCAGCUCUCUGCACUUGUACAAGCCCAGCUGGAGUACCACAAACAGGCAGUGCAGAUCCUGCAGCAAGUCACUGUCAGACUGGAGGAAAGAAUAAGACAGGCUUCAUCUCAGCCAAGAAGGGAGUAUCAGCCAAAACCACGAAUGAGCCUAGAGUUUUCCACUGGAGACAGUACUCAGCCCAAUGGCGGUCUCUCCCACACGGGCACACCCAAACCAGCAGGUGUCCAAAUGGAUCAGCCCUGCUGCCGAGCCCUUUAUGACUUUGAACCUGAAAAUGAAGGGGAACUGGGCUUUAAAGAGGGUGAUAUUAUCACACUCACCAAUCAGAUUGAUGAGAACUGGUAUGAGGGGAUGCUGCAUGGCCAGUCUGGCUUUUUCCCCAUCAAUUAUGUAGAAAUUCUGGUUGCUCUGCCCCAUUAGGAUGCUGUGCUGGCUGGCUCACCUCCUUUUGACCCAGAUAGUUACGUUUAACCACUGCUUUGGUAAUGCUGCUUACAACACACCUUGAAUGCAGGCCGCAGUGGACCAAGUCAUCAAGCCCAUACGUGUCUUGGGUUGGCUUGUGUAUUCCCAGAGGAGGCAUGGUGAUGGAUGGUAUCUUCCAAGCCCAGUGGGCCUGGCAUGUGCUUCCAAACACCAUCUGAGACUAGCCAGUUGUCCCAGAACUGCUGUUUACACAGUCUCAGGAGGCUGUGGUUUCUUAGACUAUGACCAUGAGCCACAACACAGAACAACCAUCCCAAACUGAAGAUAUUGUCUGUCACCCAGGGACCAUCUCAAGGUCUCAAGUUUUCCAUUUACACAGAAGAAAGUUUUCUUUUACACUUUCCUUUCCCAAAUAUGUGAGUUACAGAAUUCUUGAAGAAAACAACCCUCACCAGCCAAUUAUCUACUGAUCUAAGCAACUUAGUCUCUUGAUGCCAUCAGUAGAAAAGUACCAAUUGUCCAAAGCACCUUAGUUCCUCUAUUUAUGCCUGUUCCUGGGAUAUAGCCAGUUUUCUUCCUUCCCUGCUAUUAAAGCACUGGGCAGGGCCAGGAGCCCUAUUCAUUUCUGAGUGAGCAGGUGAGCAGUUGGUACAUUGUCUGAAAAGAGAAAAUUCUCAGUUAGGAUGAAUUGGGAACAGGUCUGGUUUUCGACAUGAAUUCCUUGCUGUACAGAAGUCAUGUGUAUAUUUAGAUCAUUUCUGAAAGGUAUGGGAAGGGGGAACAACUAUCUUCCCUUCAGUUCUGUUUAUGAAUUAAUACAUUCCCUGAGUCCAUUUGGCUCAGAGUUAAGCAGAGAAACACUAGUAACCAUUUCCCACCACUUCACAGAAUAGUGAUGGUUGCACCUUUCCACUUUAUGCCCUGUGUGUGUUCCUUGAACAUUGUUUGUGCAUAUUCUGCCCUCAAUGAGGACCAAAUAAAGAUGAUUUUUGUGCUUAGUGGUUUAAGGUAUGUGGCUGCAUAUGAAAAUCUCCUUUCCACUUCUGUCAUUACUUUAAUGCCUCACCCUUCUAUCCCAUCUUCAUUUUGUCUAUGCAGUGCUGUGUAAACUUAUCAGAGUUGUUAUUUUGUUUUGUUUGUUUUCUUUCUCAGUCAUGGAAGUCCUGUUAGGUACUCAGAGUUCUAUUUAUCUAGCUGUACAGAUUCUUUCAGAGGUUUAAUGUGCUGCCUUGGAUACGCCCCCUGAGGUAGUGGAUCAUGUGGAGUGAAAGGCAAACCUUACUGCUUAAUGUAUAAACUCUCAUCCUGGGAAGCAUUAUUGUUUCCAAUAAAUACUGCUGGAGACAAAA